CUGCCUUUGCCCAUGCCCCUGCCACUCAGGACGCUGCAGCCAGAGACGCCGCCACUGAAGAGGCAAUCAGGAGGAGGAUGUCUGAGCUGGAGAAGGCUAUGGUUGCCCUUAUUGACAUUUUCCAUCAAUAUUCUGGAAGGGAAGGUGACAAGCACAAGCUGAAGAAAUCUGAACUGAAGGAGCUCAUCAACAAUGAGCUCUCCCACUUCCUAGAGGAAAUCAAAGAGCAGGAGGUUGUGGACAAAGUCAUGGAAACACUGGAUGAAGAUGGAGAUGGAGAGUGUGACUUCCAGGAAUUUAUGGCUUUUGUUGCCAUGGUGACCACUGCCUGCCACGAGUUCUUCGAACAUGAGUGAGACAGAGAAAGCAGCCCAGCUGUUCCUGUAACAGAGACAACAGCCAUGCAGGGAAUCAGAGAACAAGAGCUGGCAGACCAGUAGGAGCUAAGCUCUCCAGCUAUGUGUAGCUAAUUAGGAAGCUUGACUUGCUUUGUGAAUGAAAAUUGAAAGCUUCUUUCCAAGGGCUGCUUAAAUCGCUGUGUCAUUAUUUCUGCUGUUAGGCAUUUGUGUGAGCUGACUGGUUUCAGGACUUCUGGCAAUAGUCACUUAGGAAAGUAAAUUUUUAUCAUAAAGCAUGUGUUAUACAAACCGGCAUGACCUUGUAGAAUCCUAGCCCAGAAAAAAAAAAGGACUACCUAAAGUAGUCCUACAGAAUGGCUUCCAAUACAUCUGGAAAUACAAAGCCUUGUCCACCAUCAGUGGAAAAGAGCUCCCUUCCUUACAUUUGUUCAGCAUUCAUCUAAAUAAAGCCUAAAGAUGGCCUGACCACAUUGUCACUCCCAUCCAAAAGAGCAUGGUCACAUUUAAGUCCUUUUUCCUAUAGUGAGCUAUGAUUACUGAGUAAAUACUUAAUGCUAAACAUUCUAAAAUUAAAUGCUAACCAUUUACAGAAAAAUGUCUCACAAACCGGUAAGUUUAAAUCAAUAAAUACUGACACUUAACAGAACUGAGAAUGAAAAUUCUGCAUUCAGUAAAAUUCUAGAUGACACUCCACUGGCCCUGCAGAACAUGUGUGUAGGAGAAGGAUGGCUAGACUCAGGACCAGGGUUUAGAGUCUACCCUCCAGCUCACUGUGCAGCUAGUAAUGUCAACUCCCUGGCAAUUUCUGUUGUCUAUCAAAUGAAUGACUCCAAAGUCAAAGUUCAUGGGGCUUGUUUUUCCACCACAGGGCCUCUUGGAUGAGUCUCUGUGUUAACUGAGGCCAUUCUUGACCUGCUGUGCUAAAAGAACAUCCGGUAGCCACUUGGUCAAGUUGAGAUGUGCAAGGUUGAACUUGAUGCUUUUGUAUCUGCAUAUUCAAAUAAGUUCAAAUAAUUAAAGUUACUAAUAAAUAAAAAUCAAGUUGCAACUAUUAAAAGUCACUCCAGAAAAAAAUCAAACCUAAUCUUAUUGACACCUUUUCCUAUUUUAUUUUUUUAACCAACUGAUUUUUUGCUCACACUUGUAUUAUAUAAAAUAUUACUGCAGCAAUACCCUGUAGUCUUUAAAUAUGAAAUAAAAACAAAAUACUUGCUUGGUCAGGACCAGCAACAAAGGUCCCAGAAGUGGGACUGCCAGGCUUCACCUUGUUCUCAGAUGUUACCCAAGGCCGGGCAACAGGCUGCUUGGGGGACAGGGGACUCCAGGGAAGCUGGCAGGAGUACAGCCAGGUCCCCUUCCCGACGGCCUGGCCUCUCCCCUAAAACUAGUUGCCCAGGGGCUCUAAGGAAUUUCUGGUGUUUAGGUCUCAUGCCCAGCCCUGGGCCACCUACCAGGGAGAGGAGCUGUGACUGGUCUAACACAGACGUGUUUUCGUUAUUGAUUUCUAACUUUGUACUACUUGACCCUAGAAGAGAUGCUGUGUAAUAUAUUUUUUAAUCCAUUGAGUCUAGUUUGGGGCCUAACUUAUAGUGUUUUGGAAAAUACUGCAGGUGCCCUGAAGAGUAUGUAUGUGACGUUGGAGUACUCUGUGUCUGUUAGAUAUAGCUGAUUUACUGGGUUGUGUAAACCCUCUGUUUCCUUACUUACAUUGUCUACUUCUUCUACCCAUUAUGAGAUUAGGGUAUUGACGUUUCCAAUUAUUAUAGAAUGAUCUGUUUUCCCCUUUAAUUCUGUCAGUUUUCAUUUCAUGUACUUUGAUCAUAAUUGUUAUAUAUCCUUGUUGUAUUGAACUUUUUAUUAAUAUAUUGUCCUUCUUUGUGUCUUGUAA